AUGGACUGUCCCGUAACCUCUGCCAUUGCCGAGCAUCUGCGUAUUAACCGAAACGUAAGAGUUGUCAAAUGGAACGCUCGAGGCAUGGGCGGCAGCGAAGGCGGAAACGAGCUUUCAGGGUUCUUAGAAUGGAUGGGAGCACGUAACUGUAGUGACUAUAAGGAUAUAUUUCAAGAGCAAGUCCAGAAAUUCGUGAACGAUUUUCCGUCCGCAAGGGGAUGUGAUCUGUUCAUCUGCGGAUACUCCGCAGGCGCUAUUUACGCCACGACUAUUCGUUUCUCGGGCGACCUAUAUGAUCGAUGCUGUCAAGUCUUUAGCAACCCUAUUAAAUACAUCCUCGUCUCUUAUCCAAUCGGCGUUGCAUGGGCACUGGGACUUGGGCUCACUGGAUGGUACUUUCGAGCGCUCGAAGGACUAGUGGGUGGUUACUGGGAAGACUGUCCACAUGAACGUCCCGCGGACGUGCUAAUCCUUAUGGGCGGAAACGAGGUUGGGGGAUGGUUCAACCCCGCACAAUGGGCAUAUAAUAUGUGGACCGGUGUAUUGGACGGAAAGCAUCGUCUGGAGCAGGGGAAAUUUGGGAAGGUGACGGUUGAUGGAGCGGAUCAUAUAUGGAACGGGAAAUUGCCUCACAUUGGGGAGGAAAUUGAAAAGUGGAUGAAUGAAUAA